AUGGCAGAUUUGUCGAAUGUAUUAGAGACAUCUAUCCUUAUAGGUACUAUAUUAAACCAAAGAGCUGACCCGCCAUUUGCUAUUUUGCAAAUAGUUUAAAAAUUACUGAAAUUACUCUUUGCAGACGAUAUGGUAAUAUUUUCAACUGAUGCUUAUACUUUACAAGAUCAUUUUAAUUAUAUUAAUGGUUACACUAAAAAUUGGGGUCUAACCAAAAUUUGUAUAUUUGAGAAAAGUAAAUCCCAAGCUAUGAAAUAGUCAUGCUUAACACAAUAACAAAUCUAAACAAAAAGAAAGAAAUAUCAAAGAAAGAAAGACAAUUGUCAAUUGUUUUGAGCUGCGACAAUUCGGUUGAAUAUAAGACAAUGUAGUGUCAAAGGAAACAAUUUAUGUUAUUUACACGAUAACAUACCACAAGAUUUGUUUAAAGAUUAUUUUAGGUUCGUGUCACGUUGAACAAUAAAUAUAUUAACCGCUUACAACAACUUUUUAAAUAGCUUUACUUCCUUUACCGAGAGAUAAAAACGAUAAAAGUCCCAUUGUAAGAUACCAUAUCUCGAAACAAGUGUCAAAUAUGCUACAUACGUAUAACGUAAAUGGAUAAGGAAAAUGUAUGUCCUGCUACAACAGCGUUGAAAAACAUGUUUGGUGUUUCUGGUAGGGCCUUGGUUAAAAAAUGAAUCCAUCUUUUGUUGAUGUAUAAAAACAAGUUGAAAAUUCAUAUAGCAACAGAUUCAAAAAUGAAUAAAUGUCAUUUGCGCUGUGUUAUGUACCAGCCAAGUCCUUUCUGAUGUCCUACGCCUGACUCAAUAUUUCGACUGGUGUAUAAUACAUCAGUGUAUUUUAUCAAAAUUGAAUCUGACAAUUUUGACUUGUUUAACGCAAUAGAGGUUCACCUAUGCAACGGUUGUAGUGUUCCUGGAUUGUGUAGGUACCUGCACUGAACAGUACUCCGCAAAUGUCUGUAAACGUCUCCACAUGAAUCAAUGACAUGACUGAAAGGUGAAAGAUGUAUGACUUGCGACAUUAUUAAAUAACUAUUAAGGUUCCAUUUGAUUGCCAGUUAAACAAAGAAGAAGGUCAAGCUAGAAACCACGGUUGACGCGCGGAUUAUUACGUCAAAUUGCAGCAUGACGUUCGAUACAUUACUACUCGGAUAAACGAAGUCCAGCAUAACUUUAAUCAAAAUAGUUGAAUGUAAGAAUGUUAAUAAUUAAGGUCUUCUUGUGGUUAAUCAUUUUAUUUACCACGGUUCGUCGUUAAGAUGUUUAGAUACAACUAAACAGCUAACGCCCUCGUGGUUUAAUUCCUGUGCAUCUGAACUCUGUAACAUGAUGAAUCAGACGAGAAACCUCUCGAAGUCCUUGAUUACAUGUAAAAUAUUAUUCUUUGAAAACUAAUUUUCCCUCUUGGAAUUGCUGCUGCUAUAUUGAAAUCGCCAUGUAUAAACCAUAACUCUACUCGCAAAAAAGUUAUGUACUUAAAGUCCGCGUUUUUAUGUAAAUUGAUGUAAAAUGCCACUAAAGUAAUCAAACUGACGCACAAUAAUGUUUCACCCGUCUAUCAUCAAUAUUUAUUAUAAUUAUUGAUAUUCAGUCGAUACAACAUCGGACCAAAUUGCAAAACCGAUGUCGGACCGGUAAAAAUACUUUGGUUGUCACCAGAAACAUAUAUUUUGUUUUGAAAUUGCCUUUCUCGUAAAAAGCUGCUCUUAAAACCAUUACAUCGAGAUAUUCAACAUUUUAAAGACCGGAAUACUUCAAUCUUCAUUCUUGUCCGUGAAAAUGAAACGCUCUUGCUUUUUUUCACUUUGUGGAAUAAUUUGCAUGAUUUUCGGUAACGUGCAACCAUUCGAUUUUCGAGAUGAAAUAGCACAAGGGACAUGUACUGCACUUCUGACUGGAACUGAUUAUGCAUUAGCUGUACAGAGAACUUGUACUUCCACAACUAAAGAAUCCUGUUCUAAAGUCUGCAAUGAAAUAGGGAAAGUUUGCUACAAUUCUCUGCACAUAUAUUCCGUUUCUCCACUAAAGUCUUUCAAAUACGACAGUUGCUCGAAUACAGGAUGUGGACCAAACUUCUGCUGUUGUUCAGGCAAAACUCCCCCAUCAUCACAUGAGUAUAAAGCCAAAAUUGCGCAGGCUACUUGCACAGGUAUCCUGUACGGUACAGCAAACUACGUGUCUGCAGUGACCAGACAAUGUACGAGCACAGCUGAAACAUGUGAGACCGUCUGUACUGAUCUAGGGAAGACAUGUUUCAACUCUCUCCAUCUGUAUGACAGAAAGCCCAAAGAGGUGUUUGAGACAGGCAGUGUGAGCCUGAAGACAUAUAAAUACAACAGUUGUACUGUGGUGGGAUGUGGACCAAACUUCUGCUGUUGUUCCGGAAACUAAAACACUUUUGUCCUACAUCAAAUGUUUAUAAAAACAUUUAUACACACUAGAAAAACUUGUAAUCAGUCAGUUUUAUUUCUUAAAUUGUUAUUCGUUAUCAUUUUUGUCUGUUGUGCUUUAGGAUGAAUACUUGCUUGCUAAACAUUACUUUUUCGAGUUAUUGCUCGUUGUGUUAAAACUGUAAAAUUUCUCCAUAAAAUCACUUUCUUAUUGUUCAAUAGUCCAGCUACUAAAAUAUUAGUUAUGAUCAUGUAAGUAUUGCACACUUCAUCUUAUCAUUACUGGAACAGUAGAAAAACAUUCUGAAAUGUAUAAUACCGGUAUGCGAGUUACAACCAUUUCAUAUGAAAUAUGUUUGAAAUAUCAGUUGAUGUACUGAAAAACCUAUUUGUUUACACGAGACUUUUCUGCCAACACCGAAUCUUUGGUGCUGAAAGAAUUGAUUCAUUAUUAUUAAAUGAUUAUUUAAUUUUUAAUUAAUUUCCAACUGGUUAGUAAAUUUGCAAUAGCAGAUUAACAAUCAUUUUCUUUUCUGGGAUAAGUCGCCAUGAUGCAAACGAAUCCCAGAAGUGUGCAAUGUAUAAUCAAUUUGCUUUAUCAUAAAUUCAUUUGCAAUGUUGUUGUUUUUUUCUGACUGAGUUUCAAAGUCUGUAAUUCUGUAAAUACCACGUAUACGCAAGAACUUUUCAGGAGAUAAUAUUACCAUAUGUGUGUCACAAAGUGUAAUGAUUUUUCGUUGAUCUUCUGAAAUAAUUUGAAACGAAAAAAAAAAAAAAUCUCUCUCGGAAUGUUCUUCUUUUGUAUUUGCGACAGUCACGCAUGUUAACAUUCUUAAACAUUAUAACUGCUCAAAUUUGUUCUGAAUGUCUGUUUAUGAAUAACUUAUUUUCCUCUCUGUUAUAAUUUUAGAACCGUAAGUACUUAACCUUAGAUAGUUGCUUUUUUUUAUUCUAUUUUUUUUUCGCACCUAAUAACCUACACUGUGUUUGUGAAUUAAGUGCAAAACAUUUCUGUUACAUCAUUUUGAUUCUGAAAGGUAUACUAUAUAAAUUAUAAAUCAAAAUCAAUGCAGGCCUAGUAUUACUCUUUCACGGCGCAUGUAUGGCACUAAAUAAAUAGUCCACGUGACGUCAUAUUUCUGUCUUUUGACGAAAAUGCGCAUGGAUUUUUACAUGGUAGAAUUUGAAAUAUGCAUGGAUUUUUCAUAUUAGAAUAAAAACUCUAACAUGAAUUCUUAUUUAAAUAUGAAAAACCCAUGCUCAUUUCCGUUCAGACACGGGCUUUUGUAGUCAUGUCGGCAUAUUAUUUGGCGCCAUACAUGCGCUAGAUCAUUUGAUAUAUAGGUAAGACGGUAUUAAAAAUAUUUCUUCUUUGAGUCAUAUUAAAGUGUCAGAGUCUA